AUGAAGACAGCUUUGAACUUUGGCAAACCAGAGCAUUUACUGCCACCAUCGUGGAAAUCGCAAGUACAGCAGUGGCUCAGCGAAGACACACCGUCUUUCGAUUGGGCAGGAUUCGUUGUUGGGGAGGAUGAGCGCGAGGGCAAGUUGCUUGGAAAGAGAAAGGGUGUUCUCGCAGGAAAGCCAUUCGUAGAUGAGAUAUUCAAGCAAUUGGACUGCAGCGUGGAAUGGCAUAUCAACGAGGGUGAUUCAUUUGAACCAGUCAAGCACAUUGCUACUGUUAGAGGUGCUGUAAGAUUCUUACUGCUUGGCGAGCGUGUUGCUCUCAACGUCUUAUCGAGAUGUUCUGGAAUUGCGAGCAUGUCCCGCUGGUUUUUAGAUACAGCCAGAGAUGCUGGCUACGAGGGCAUUAUCGCUGGAACGCGUAAAACAACACCAGGCUUCAGAUUGGUCGAAAAGUACGCCAUGAUCGUCGGCGGUAUCGAUGCACACCGCAACGAUCUGUCGUCGAUGGUUAUGCUUAAGGACAAUCACAUAUGGUCGAAAGGAUCGAUUACAAAUGCUGUGCAAGCAGUGCGCUCAGUAGCAGGAUUCUCGUUGAGAUUGGAUGUAGAAGUUCAGGAUGAGAAGGAAGCCAAUGAAGCUAUCGACGCUGGUGCAGAUGUAAUUAUGCUCGACAACAUAGCCGGCGAAGAGCUGCACGCUGUAAGCCGGAGAUUGAAGGAGAAGUGGACGGACAAGCGUCAUUUCCUACUCGAGACAAGUGGAGGAAUCGAAGCGCACAACUUGACAGAAAGACUGGGUGAUAGUAUUGAUAUACUCAGUACGAGCGCAGUGCAUCAGAACGUUCAACACAUCGACUACUCGAUGAAAAUAGCGCAAAAUUGA